CUAAACAUCAAUCGAAUAACGACACAUUUCAGCGACACAAUCAAAUACAUAAUAUGGCUGACACAAUAGAAGACGUUGAGAUGGACACACAAGAUAUCGAGCAGGAGACUCCACUAGACAAUGUCUUCAUCGCACCGUCAAUCUAUAAGAGCGAUGUCCUUGCGGGCAAGUCGUACUCACACUUCUCGCCCAUACCGCAGCAGAUUGCCGAAGACAUAUCUACCGAGUGCGUACUGGGUGUCGACGAAGCUGGACGAGGUCCUGUGUUAGGCCCAAUGGUGUAUGCACUCUUCUACCUCCCACUCCCGCUCCACCACUCCCUCCUCGCUGAAACGCAUCACUUCGACGACUCCAAAGUUCUCACGCCCGAGGUCCGCUCAAAGCUCAUGCGUACCCUCUGCACGCCCGGCACUGAUCUCCACGCCGCCGGCGGAUGGGCGACACGCUCCCUUUCCGCCCAGGACAUCUCCGCCUGCAUGCUCUCGCCCAACCAAUACAACCUCAACGCGCAAGCCAUGGACGCGACCAUCGACCUGAUCAAGGGCGUACUUGCGCGUGGCGUGAAGGUCAAGGAAAUCUACAUCGACACAAUCGGCAAGCCAGAAGUCUACCAGAAGAAACUCGAGCGCAUAUGGCCCACCAUCUCCAUCACAGUAGCAAAGAAGGCGGAUAGUCUGUACCCCGUUGUCAGUGCUGCGUCCGUCUGUGCGAAAGUCACAAGGGAUGCGGCGCUUGAUGUGUGCUAUGAGCCGUACCUCACGCCUGCUGAAGCCGCCGCCCACGCCCAGAACGAAGGUGGGGUCAAGAUUGCGUGGGGCUCAGGGUACCCGAGUGAUGCGCGAACAAGCUCGUGGUUGAAAGCGAAUAUGGACCCCGUCUUUGGGUGGGGGAAUGAGUGUCGCUUUAGCUGGGGUACGGCGAAAGAGCUGCUUGAGGGAAAGAAAGCGGGGCUGAGUGUUGACUGGCCGGUUGAAGAAGACGGGGAUGAUAUGCGAAUGACGGACUACUUCACAGGUGGAGAGAGGAAGGGGGACGAGCUGGCGGAGUGGUUUGGCAAGAGGGUGACGGUGGAGAUGGAAGCAUUCUGAGAUCGACAUCCUCUCGCACAACCACGCACUUCCUCACGUCAAAAGAAUCCGACACGCGAAUAGCUGGGGUGAAUGAAAAGCGACCAGUUAUCGGCGGAGACGACUUUGCUCGACUUCGGUGCUCACGACAUCCAUGUAGGGGCCUCGGGUUUCGGGCCUGGUCAAUUCGCGUAGCCAAACCUUAGUCCCCGGGCAUCACACCGACUCCGAUGAGCCACCCCCAACCACAACACGAGGUGGCCGAGGUUUCCGGAUAUUACUACACGCGGCAAUUUGCGUACCUGCAGCAGGCAUGCAAGGCUGUUCGCGGGCGCCGGCAUUGCAGAUUGGUGGGCCACGAUCGGGGUUUGGGAAGUAUGUAGGAU